UUCGCCAAUUCGCAAUUAAUCCAUCCUCCUCAGCGAUCGCUAACAACAAAUGUCAGUUUGCUUUUACCGAUUUCUAGUUCUAUUUUUGAAUGAAAAGUUUAUUUUGAAAAGAAUAAAACAGGAAUUAAAUACUUUGAAAUGAGUGACGAGUUGGAAAAUGCACAGGAACAGGAUGGAAAUGCUACAAAUGUUUUGCGUAGAAGAAUAUUAAAAAAGGCACAAGACAGUAUUGAUCAAGUGUCUACACUAAUAAAGGAGAAAAUUCCCUGUGCCGGUCAUUAUUUAACACCUAAAAGACUUUGGCUUAAAAGAAUCUCCACACCUAACUGUGAUGUUGUUAUUGUUUUCCCACAAGGCACUCAGGAUUCUAUAUUGUUAUGGUUGUUAUCUAGGUUGAGGCAAUCAACUGGGCUUACUAUUCAUGUUAGGCAUCAUGCUUCCACCCAAAGUAGUGCUUUUUAUGUUACUGCCCCAUCUUCAAUCUUAUUAAAUGCAGCAGAAGAAUAUCAUCUUCCCAAAUCUCUAAAAGCAAUUAAAGGUGGCGGCGUCAAGGAAUUUUAUGUGCAAGAUUUUCAGAGCUAUGAAGGAUCAGAAGAUGAAAAAAACUUCUUCACAUCUGAAGAAAGACAAUGGCUAAUACUCCGUCUAUUGGAAAGUAUAAGAGCAAAAUCAAGUGAUUCAUCAGCAAUACCAGAUCUUCCUCUUCUAAAAGGACAACCAAUAAUUCCCAAAUGUUUGAUAUCAGGAAUUAUACAUAAAGUAUUUCCCCUUCAUGACCAUAGAAUGCUAGAGAAACUCCAGAAAUCCUGGGUUAGAGAUGUUUUUUCUAAGCAACCAUUAGAUGAAAUCACCGAGUAUUUUGGUGUUAAAAUUGGAAUGUAUUUUGCAUGGCUUGGGCAUUAUACAACUGCACUCAGCAUACCAGCUAUUGUAGGAAUGUUGUUUUCGCUGUGUUGUACUGGAAAAUACCAAGCAGUAGAAGAUAUCGGUUAUGUAUUAUUUUCCAUCUUCAAUGUCAUAUGGGUAACUACAUAUCUUCAAGCUUGGAAAAGGUAUUCUGCGGAACUUGCAUUCAGGUGGGGGACAUUAGAUCAAAGGGAUGAUUUAUUGGCAGAUCCAAGGCCUCUAUAUAGGGGUGCAUUGGAGCCUAGUCCUGUAACUGGAAGAUUAGAAGCCUGCCAUCCAUCUUGGAAAAGGCAUGCUUUUCGUUAUUGUGUAACUGUUCCCGUCAUUAUUUUAUGGCUGGUGACAGUAUUUAUAGUUAUGAUUGUUUCUUUGCAAAUACAGGUAUUGACUGAAAUUAUCCCAUGUGUAUAUUAUUAUUUAGAGUUUAUUCUUAUUUUUCAGGAUUGGUGGGAUAACUUUUUGAGGGCAAGAUAUUUUCCAAUGUGGUUAGGCUAUCUACCAAAAAUAAUGUUAGCUGUUGUUAUAUCACUUAUGGAUGAAGCUUACUUUAAAGUUGCAAUUUGGUUGAAUGAUAAAGAAAACUACAGGCUUGAGACCAAGUAUGAGAAUCAUCUAAUCGGCAAAGUGGCCUUGUUCCAGUUUGUGAAUUCUUUUCUCUCACUGUUCUAUAUUGCAUUCUACCUUCAAGAUCAAGACCGCUUGAAACAGCAACUUGCUGCUCUACUCAUAUCAAGACAAGUACUGGGGAAUUUGAAAGAAUCUGCUUUACCUUACUUCUUAGAGCAUUUACGCUUAGCUAGAAUGAGUUUUGAUCUGUGGGGUGCACUAAGUCCAGUUGGAAAUAAGUCUCCUCCGGGUUCAGAAGAAACAAAUAGUCAGACUCCCGAAAAUGCUAGUUCAACAAGUGAAAAGACAAGCAGACCACAAUCGGCUGAAAGAAGGAGUAUAAGUCAGGCUGAAUUGGAAAGUUCUCUAUACAAGUAUGAUGGAACGUUCGCCGAUCACUUAGAAAUGACAAUACAAUUGGGAUAUGUGAUCUUGUUCUCCUCUGCUUUUCCCUCUGCAGCCAUGUGUGCGAUGUUUAACAAUCUUUUAGAAAUAAGAACUGAUGCUUUCAAACUAGGCUAUGUCUGUCAAAGGCCAUUUGGUCAGAGAGUGCCCAAUAUAGGUACUUGGCAAAAUUGUAUGGAAUAUAUCAGUAUUGUUGCUGUUCUUGUCAAUUGUGCUCUCAUAGGUUUAUCAGGUCAAGUACAUCGAAUGUUUCCAGAAAUGUCUGCCACACAAACGAUUCUACUAAUUGUAGCUUUAGAGCAUAUCAUGUUAGUUAUAAGAUUCAUUAUAACAUGCGCAAUACCAGAUAUUCCUGGUUGGUUGGCUACUGAAAUGGCAAAAAUUGAGUGGGCUAGAAGGGAAGCAAGUCGAUCAACGAACACUACUUCUUCAACUCCGGAGGAUCAAAACUAUCAAACUAUAGGAAGAUUUUCCGUAUCACCUAGUCAUAGCCUGGUGACCUCUGAGAAUAAAGUGCUUGAUAAAAAAGUUGUAUCAGUAGGUUCUAAGGAAGGCAUUAAAUCAUUAGCCACUUCGCCUAUAGGGUCAAGUACGUCGUCUUCUUCCAAUGCGUCAACGCACAAACACAUCAAUAUAGCACCAGGAACAAUUCAAGAGAUACCACCCUUUAGACCUAGGAAGUCUAAGGAGUGGCAACCACCAGAAAGUGAGGGAUCGUACCAUUUAACCAUUGGUCCAAGUGGAGGUGUCGAAUGGGCCAAAAGGUUGAAAGAAGCUGACUUGCAUCGAAGUACAGACUGUAUUACACCUAAGGAUUCUUCCAGUUCCGAUUCUGAUUUAUUGAAGAACAAUCCAAUAUGGCCCCCUAGACCUAGGUCCCCAAAUAAGGAUCCGCCUAUGCUUUCGCCACAAGCCAGACCUCUGCCUGCAGAUCCAUCUCUUAGUGACAGUGCCCGCAGUAUCUCCAGUCAAGAAGCUGAUGAUGCUGCACGAGCUGCUGAAGAGGCCGCUUCGAAAAAAACAAGAGUAAAGCAGAGUCUCAUGAAGAGAGCUAGAUCUGUUGCCAUAUUUUCUUUGAAGUUGAAGGAGCGUCGCGCACGAGAGGCUUUAGAGAAGGCUAAUAAAUCUGUUACACCUGUAGCAUCCCCAUUACCCCCUCCACAAUGUGGUGGAGGAGAACUGUCAUGUAUACCUAUUGAAAAGCUCAUUCAAUUAGAAGACAUAAAGAAUAACCAGAGGCCUAACACAAGUGGUACCUUGUAGUACAGUCGUCAAUUGUCAGUUGUUUUAGUGAAGAGUAAUAAAUAUUGAGAAUAAUAACUUUUAAUUUUUUAUUGUAAAAUGACAUAUAGCUGGGGGCUGCAUUACGUUUGUUGCUUUUUUAUAGUUUUUGUCGAAUAAAGGAUGUGGAAUAUUG